AUUUCUGUUGCGCUUUUCGGAUCCGAUUCAGAUACUCACACAACCACCCUUCUCUCUCUCUCUCUCUCUCUCUCUCUCUCUCUCUUCUUUCUCUCUCUAUCUCAUCGAAGAAGACGAUGCCUUAUUGCGAGGUUACGUCGCAGAAAACUGACCCACACACGCAGCUCAACAAUGGAGUCAAGAUUUUUUACAGAACCUACGGUCACGGACCCACUAAGGUUCUGCUCAUUAUAGGAUUGGCGGGUACUCAUGAAUCCUGGGGACCUCAAAUCAGAGGAUUGACGGGAACCGAGACGCCCAACGACGACGAUGAAUCGCCGGUUGGUGAUUGUUCGGACAAUGAGGCUAGUUUCGGCGGUGAUGGAAUCGAAGUUUGUGCUUUUGAUAAUCGUGGAAUGGGUCGGAGCUCUGUGCCAACUAAAAAGUCCGAAUACACAACAAAAAUUAUGGCAAAGGAUGCCAUUGCUUUGUUGGAUCAUUUGGGUUGGACAAAGGUCCAUGUUUUUGGUCAUUCAAUGGGAGCUAUGAUAUCUACAAAACUAGCAGCAAUGGUGCCUGAAAGGGUUCUUUCAUUGGCUUUGCUAAAUGUUACAGGUGGAGGAUUUGAAUGUUUUCCAAAGAUUGACAGGCGAUCGUUAUCUAUUGCAGUCCGUUUCUUAAGGGCAAAGACUCCUGAGCAGAGGGCUGCUGUUGACUUGGAUACUCACUACUCAACGGAGUAUCUUGAGGAAUAUGUUGGUUCUACCACAAGAAGAGCAAUAUUGUACCAAGAAUAUGUGAAAGGUAUAUCGGCAACUGGGAUGCAGUCUAAUUAUGGUUUUGAGGGUCAAGUCAAUGCAUGCUGGACUCAUAAAGUGACAAGAACAGAGAUUGAGUUGAUUCGGUCUGCUGGGUUUUUAGUUUCAGUCAUUCAUGGAAGGCAUGAUGUCAUUGCUCAAAUAUAUCAUGCAAGGAGACUGGCUGAGAAACUGUAUCCUGUAGCUAGAAUGGUAGAUCUUCACGGAGGCCAUUUGGUGAGCCAUGAGAGGACCGAAGAGGUUAAUCAAGCUCUUAUAGACUUGAUCAAAGCUUCAAAAAUGCAGAUGAAACCGCACGAGUGGACAAAUUUGCCCCAAAAGAGACCCGGAUGGAUGGAGACCAGAAGAAGAAGUAUGAGAACAAAUGCGGAGGAAGGAAGCAAUGCCUCUUCUACUUGUAACAUGUUAGAAAAGUUACACCUUUUCCUAUUGUACAUAGUUGGCCUCUUUGUGAUGGUAUUUGAGUUUUCAAAGAGGACUCUCAGAAACUUGAAACCGGUCAGGGUCGGAGCUUCUCAUACGUAAUAAACCUACGGUCACACAACUCCUAAAAUUCUUUUCACUUGCCCCUUUAUACCAUUUGAUUUCAGUAAUACUAUACAUAGAACCCACCUUUUCAUGAAGUUAAAACAACCAAUUUUUCUUUCUUGUUACAGGGGUUUGGUGUCACCUGUUAGGGAAAUAUAUAUAUAAAUAUAUAUAUACAUUUAUAUGUAUGAAGAGAUGUGAAAGUGAACCAGUAUGUUAUAUUAUCAAUACAAGGUUCACUAGGGAAUCCCUUAUGGAGAUCUUAUUCCCUUUAUCUCAUUUUUGCUUUCUUUCUUCUUCAAUAGCUCUAACACAUGUACUUUUGUAUCUAAUACAUCAAAUCAAUACAUGUCUAAAGUUAAGGCAA